CAGGGCUGACACAUAGAGACAAACAACCAUUCAUGUUCUGUAGGGACAUAAUUAUCUUGACAUCUCAAAUAUUAUUGAAAGAGGCUGAGACUAUUCUGAACCUGCAGAGGCGGUGCUAUAAUAGAGUAAAGAAAGGCAGGUCUACAUGGUGGAAGGAGCAUGGUCAGACAGACAAUAUGGCACACCAUACCCACCUAAUAACUGAGGAUCUCUACAGAGACACUGACCCUGUACCAGAGGAUACACCAAAGGUCCAAGGCUAUGACUUCAACCAGGGAGUGGACCAUCGAGCCCUGCUGCAGUCCUACCUCAACACAGGCUUCCAGGCCACUAAUGUGGGACUGGCUAUCCAGGAGAUCAACAACAUGGAAACACAUGUCCAUGCCUUUGUCAUCAGCAGACAAGACUGUUGUGAUGCCCUUUUCACUUGUCUUCCUGUUAAGGUUCUCAGAUACAGAGGCGUCAGGAAUCCAGUGAAGGCAGUGAAUGGCUUUGUUGAGGAGGAUCCAUCAACCUGCCCGUGCCUCACAAGCUGCACCAUCUUCCUCAGUUACACUUCAAACCUCAUCAGCAGUGGAAUCAGGGAGACUAUCCGCUACCUCGCAGAGCACAGAAUGGUGGAUGUGUUAGUGACCACAGCUGGAGGAGUAGAGGAGGAUCUGAUCAAGUGUUUGGGCCCAGUUUACAUAGGAGACUUUACUCUGCCUGGGAAGGAUCUGUAUGAAAAAGGCCUUAACAGGACUGGAAACACUCUGAUGCCUGAUGAAAACUAUGUUAAAUUUGAAAAAUGGAUGACACCGAUCUUGGAGCAGAUGCUGUUGGAGCAGAACACUCAGGGUGUUCGCUGGACUCCAUCUAAGGUGAUUCAUCGACUGGGUAAGGAGAUCAACAACCCUGAAUCUGUUUACUACUGGGCCUACAAGAAUAACAUCCCAGUGUUCAGCCCCGCCCUGACAGACGGCGCUAUAGGAGACAUGUUAUACCUUUUCUCAGCUAAGAACCCCGGCUUGAUUGUGGACAUAAUAGAAGAUAUUUCAAAGUUGAACAACCUCGCAGUGGCUGCCAACAGCACAGGAAUGAUCACCCUGGGAGGAGGUGUAGCCAAACAUCACACAUGCAAUGCCAACGCAUGGAGGGAUGGAGCUGACUACGUGGUGUACUGUGACCAGGCUCAGGAGUUUGAUGGUUGUGACUCAGGAGCCAGACCUGAUGAGGCCGUGUCCUGGGGCAAGAUCAGAGUAGACGCUAAACCUGUGAAGGUUUUUGGAGAUGCCACCAUAAUCUUCCCCUUACUAGUGGCAGAAACGUUUGCACUUCAUGCUACGACAGCUGCUUGCAAGAAAAGGGAAUGAAGUCAAAGGCCCUCUCAGAUCUUUUAACCCUUUUUCACUGUCACUUUUGUCAGAUUUUGGGUUUGACAGGAAUCUUCAGUGGUCCUUUCUUAUGGUGGACUUGUCUGACCACUGUGGCUUGAGAAGUGUGCUCAGUUGUCCAGAUGUCAGUCCUGUUUGUCUGGUUCCAUUUCUCUUAAAAAUAACCACCAAUUACUCUGGUAUGAGAAACAUUUCUAGACAUGCAUUAUGUUCUCUGGGACACAUGCUACCUGUGCCUCCCCUUGCAAGACAUCAAUGGGCCCUUACCAUCAAAUGAUGGUGAAGUCACUAAGCUCAUCAGCCAGCAAAGAUGAUACAGAGAAGCAGUCUUAAAGUGGAAAUGGUUCCUAAGUGAUCACAGCAGUUUGUUGCUGAUGGGAGAAAAACACUCACUACAAUCACCAUCCGUGGUUACAGUGUCUCUCUCUUCUGGCUGAGACAGAAACAGGGCUUAGUCUUAGAGAAGCUAUCUUCUAGUGAAUGAUGAGUUGUUUUCUAGUUUUAUUUUCCAGUGCCUGCACCUGCCUUUUCAACAGUGCUUUCUGCUUGGACUGUCAUCACAUCAUAUUUCCUGUUUAAAUACAGUGAGUUUACUUCCAAGUGCCUGCUCUCAGUGACUUGUUUAAGAUCCUAAUAGAAACACAUUCAUUUCUAACUCCAUUCAAGUGAGGUGUGACAGUACCAGUGUUAUCGUUCCACCUGUAUCACACAGCAGUGAAGAGCAUAAAUGUUAUACUGACGAAUAAUGUCUUAGUGGUAACGUACAGUGAGAACAGAGGUGGUCCAACAACUGAUCUUUGUGGUACAGCAUGCUAACUCUAAUGGAUGCUCAUCUUUUUUUACAGGAAUCUACAUGUUCAGCUUAUUGACACGUUCAGAUAAUAUUUACUAAAACAUAUACUGUAUACAUAACAGCAAAACCUGAACAAUGUAUGUUAAUAAAAAAUGAAACUUA